CACUAAGCCCAAGUGUGAGUCACUAAUGACUCAACAAAACUUGGCUAUUUCCUUCUCCAAUUUGCUAUAAAUGGACUCCUUCAUUUUUCUCAAAUCUCCACAAAACUUACUGAAAUUCGUCCCAUGAGAAUCUAGAGCGUGAAGCAAGUAAUUUGAUAGUAUUAAUUGCCGUCGAGGUUGCUGGAGCAAGCUGUGGUGUUCGCCGGAAGUUUCGCCGUCCAAUCGCCGGAAUCAUCGUUUAGCUCCGAGGUAAGCCCGUAGAAAUAUCUAGUGAUUAGAAUGUUCGUAUAGAUCGUUUCUACGUUCAUAAACGGUUGUUUGGUUGAGUUUUGUGUUUGACAUGUUUGAGGAACCAAGAAUCAUAAACCUUGAAUUUGUUGUUAAAACUUUGAAUUGAUGCCUCUAAAAGGAUCUACAAACCCUGGAGAACAUUUCUGUAUAGUUUAAUUGAAGUUUGUGAUGAUAAAAUAUCUCGGGUCGAAAUAGCAAGGAAAAACUGAACCGUAUCUUGGCGAGGCAACCUCUAGGAUUUGCAGCCAUGGCGGUGUCUUAAUCCUUUGCUUCAUUAUAUGAUUUGUUUGUCUGAGCCUGCACUCUAAAUGAACCUCUCUAUGCAUCCAUCCAUCUAUAUGUCUUUCUGAUUGAAAAAUAGGGGUUACCCUCUGAAAAUGGUGAGCUGAAUUUUCUGAAAUUAAAAGCAUUUGGUAAAAUUGAUUUCCAUCCAAGUAAGUCAAAUGGCGAGUUUAUCUUCCUUUGCAUCUUACUUCCUGUGACUUUUUGGGUGGUAAGUGCAUCAAUGCAUCAAGAUUGUGUACAUCUUGACCCCAACAUCGUUGCCUCGUUGGGAUUAUCUGUUUGUGUGUGCUGGGAUGACAUAUAUGUUAAGUUGAAUGAGCAAGGAAGAAUUGAACCGUAUCUUGGUGGGGCAGCCCUAGGAUACACCUGGAAGAGGCCACAGUCGUAUCCGAGUCCUUUGACCUCGUAUCUGGUGAAAGAUACACCUGGAAGAGUGUUUGUGUUUGAUCUUGGAAACAGCCUCUCUACUUUCAAAGAGGGGCAAGUUCCUUUGGUGUGGAGUGAUUCGACCCCUGUCUUGGCGUGGCGGCCUAAGGUCAGCAGCCAUGGCGGUGCGGCAUGUCCUUUACCCUAUUUCAUUUAUCUGAGCCAUGGUUCUGCAGUCAAGCCAAUAAUGUCUAUUUGGACCCUGCGAUGAAAUGUUGAUUAUAACAUCUACGGAUUGGCUGUGAUGAGGGAUAUGUUGAAUUGAUUGGGUAGAGGAAUAAAAACCUUCCCCAGACCAUACUCUUGUUGGAUUUUACUAGUUCAUAUGGUAAAACUAGCUAUGUUUUAGUACUAUAUAGAUAUAUUUCCCAAUUAAUUAAGUACUUCUAGCUCCACGCUAAUAAUCUGAACUUUCUUCGAUCUUCCUAAAUCCACCAACCGCCACCCUCUUCUUUGAUAAUCUCAGCCUUUGAUCUUCCUUAUUCUCAAACCAACCACAAUCACGUCUCCCCUUCCCAGCUGCUGCGUGUGCCACCUCCAUCUACAUCUUAGUGUUUUUUUCCUUCUAACCAAGCCAACUUCUGCGUCUCAGGCAUGCUGCUGCCAUCAUCAAACCUCCCCUUCCUUGCCACCGCUUGACACACGCCACUCCAAGCAUGUGCCGCCACACUAUCAAUCCCACCGCCGGCCGCCGUCGCUCCUCCUGCUGUCAACUAGCU